AUGUCCGCGCGCAGUCCACCAUAUGCGCUCCCUCAACAUUCUCAAAGCACCACUCCUUUCGUAAAUGUAAAUCUUAUGCCGCCGUCGCUCAGUCGACAGCCUUCGUACAAGAGCGAAUGCUUGAGCCCAGGCAGUUCUAGCUCGCAUAACCACAAUCCUUUCACAGACUUCUAUUCUCACUCCUCUCAUUCUGAUUCGUACAGGGGCAUAUCUAGCAAGUAUGCACUUCACCCGAAUCCUGAAAUGUGGGGUUACGAUGUCUCUCCAAAGUCAAAAGAAGAGGACGACUGGCUGCAUCAACCGGACAAAGAAAUUGAUUCUACGGGUUCAAUAUUCACUACGAGAGGUCUCUCUACCGUUGGAUGCCUGUCUUUACUCGCCUUUGGGCUUGUCGGCCUCUUCCUAGGUUUCCCGCUCACAACCGCUAUACUGCAUAAGACGAUGUCGCGAAACGGCGGAUACAAUUUGGGGGGCAUUAAUGCCACCGGCCAAGUGAUGGAAGGCGUUUUCAGCCUCAUUGACCGAGAUACGCCGCAUAGUGCCUAUACAAAGCCGUCUCCGGUCGACGGACGAGAGAUGCAGUUGGUGUUUAGCGACGAAUUCGAAGUUGAAGGAAGGUCAUUUUACCCCGGAGAUGAUCCUUUCUGGGAGGCAAUCGAUGCCCAUUAUUGGGGCACCAAGGACCUCGAAUGGUGGGUUCUCCCGUAUGACCCUCAAACUAUCACCACCAAAGAGGGCAAACUCGUAAUAGAGUUCCGUGAGGAGCCGAACCACGACUUGCAAUACAUGGGCGGUCACCUCUCGUCAUGGAACAAGUUUUGCUUUACCGGUGGUCUAAUCGAGGUUAGCGUCCAGCUUCCUGGGAGCAACGACGUGAGCGGAUACUGGCCAGCAGUUUGGACAAUGGGUAAUCUCGGAAGGGCUGGGUAUGGUGCUACGACCGAAGGAAUGUGGCCCUACAGCUACGAGGCAUGUGAUGUCGGGACCCUCGCCAAUCAGACGCUCAACGGCGUUCCGGACGUCCAAGGGCAACAACUUGGAGACCAUGCGUACAACUAUUCGCUUUCCUACCUCCCCGGCCAACGACUCUCUGGCUGUACUUGCCCAGGGGAGGAUCAUCCAGGGCCUAUGAAUCGUGACGGGACGUUUCGAGGACGCUCGGCACCAGAAAUCGAUGUCCUUGAAGCUCAAAUUGACGCAAAUCUUGCUGCUGCUGCCGUGUCGCAGUCCUGCCAGUUCGCACCAUACAAUGCGUACUACUCGGCAGACAACGUGACCUACUAUGAUUUGCAUCAAACGUCAGGAACCCAAGAGAUUAAUGGCUUCAAGGGCAACGUCUUUCAGCAAGCUGCGAGUGUUGUGUCCCGGACGAACCAGCGGUGUUACGAGAAGUCGAGCAAUCCAUGCUACUCUGUCUAUGGCUUCCAGUAUAAGCCUGGAUACCAGUCGGACGAGGCAUACAUUACCUGGAUCAAUGAUAACAAGUUGUCGUGGACCCUACAUGCAGGCGCCGUUGGUGCAGAUCCAAUUGCACAGAUUUCGGAGCGACUGAUUCCGGCGGAGCCGAUGUAUAUCAUCAUGAACCUCGGAAUGAGCCAUGGCUUUUCGAAUAUCGACUUUGCAAAUUUGCAAAUGCCGGGGCACAUGAGCGUUGACUAUGUGCGGGUUUACCAGUACCCCGACGACAUCAAUUACGGCUGCGACCCACCGAACUACCCCACUUCUUCUUACAUCAAUCGCUUCAUCGAGGCAUACACAAACCCGAAUAUCACCCAAUGGGCUACCUCUCCGGAAGAGGGCGGGUAUGGGCAAAAGGUUCCCAAGAAUCGCCUAAUUGAUACAUGCUGA